GAAGGUGGGGGAAUUGAGAACGGCGAGUAAUUGGGAACACGUUAACAAGUUACACUUCCCCUUCUCUUACUUCGUCCCGCGCCUAUUCACGGUACGCUUCCUGCUCCCCUCAGUGCACGAGCGACAGUGAGAGAGGAAGGCCACACGUAUCUUGUCACGAUGCCACGAAAAUACAUUCGGAAGACCGAGACAAGGUACGCAAUCGAAGAUCUUCGCCGUGCAGUUGAAGAAGUUAAAAAUCAAAGACUCACAUUGGGCAAAGCCGCUACUCAAUUCUCAGUACCAAAAACAACGUUGUUUAAACAACUAAAAGAAACCGUAGUCAAAACACCAAAAAAAGGUCGGCACGCAGUGUUUAAUUAUGAGCAAGAACAACAGCUCGAAACAUACAUUGUUGAAUGCUGCAAGUCUUUUUAUGGCAUAACACCGAGUUCCUUGCGCCGAAUUGGUUUUCGAUUUGCCGAGGUCAAUAAGUUGAGACAUAAUUUUAACAAAAACACGCAGCUAGCAGGCAAAGAUUGGUAUUAUGGAUUCAUGGCCAGACAUCCAUCCAUCAGCUUACGUAUGCCAGAAGCUACCUCUAUUAACAGAAUAACAGCUUUUAACGCUACUGAAGUCAACCUGUUUUUUGACCAACUAAAAAUUAUCCAAGCCAAGCACAAUAUACCUGGUCAUCGCAUUUUUAAUGUUGACGAGAUCGGAAUAAGCACUGUUCAAAAAAACUACAAGAUUUUGGCCCCAAAAGGUGUAAAACAAAUAGGAAAAGCAACAAGCGGAGAACGUGGUGUCACCACAACAGUAGUGUGUGCUGUUAGCGCUAGUGGCAUAUAUAUCCCCCCCAUGUUUAUAUUUAAAAGAAAAAGAAUGAACGAACUGCUAAUUAAAGGCUGUAAUAGGGACAUGGUCGCAACGGUUUCUGAUUCUGGCUGGAUCAAUGAGUCAAUAUUUAUCGACUACUUGCGACACUUUAUUUCUUUUGCCAAACCUACCAAAGAAGACCCAGUGCUAUUAAUUCUCGACAAUCAUGAAAGUCAUAUCAGUUUAGGAGCAUACGAACUUUACCGAGAACACGGUUUGCACGUUCUUUCUUUGCCACCCCACGUAUCUCACAAAAUGCAGCCAUUGGAUCUUACAAUCUUCAGUUCACUGAAAAUGGCUUACAAUAAAGAAUGUGAGCUCUACAUGGCCAACAAUCCUGGGAAAAGAAUAGGCCAGUACGAGGUUGGGGAACUUUUCACCAAGGCCUUCAACAAAACAGCUAACAUAAACAAGGCUAUCAGUGGUUUCAGAGCUGCUGGAAUUUAUCCUAUCGACCCUGUCAAAUUUAAGGACAGCUUUGAAUGCUCACUGUAUGACCAAGCCGACACCAGUCAGACUCAAGCAAGCGGUGAUUCGGAAACAACACCUGCGCAAAAUUUUGCUGGGCCCAUUGAUACAGCCAGACUGAACCAGACACCACCAAUGCAAAUAUCACAUUCACAUGAUGCCACCAUCACUUCAAUUCCUAAAAAUGACAACGAUAUGAGUGUUACCACUGUCUGCACUCCUCCUGUUCCAUCCACUCCUGUACCACUCACUGAAGUUACUAACGUGCCCGUUAUACUUCAAACACGCACAACUUCUAGGCGACAGAAUAAGAAACAUGCUCAGAUUUUAUCCAGCACACCAAUCAAGACUCAAUUAGAAGAAAAACUAACAAGACAAAAUAUGAGAAAGUACGAGAAAGAAAGAAAGCAAGUACAGAAGAACUUCUUAGGCAAAGGUAAAGGUAAAGGAGUUAAAAAUUUAAAGAAAACUUUAGGAGGAAAUGAAAACAGUGAGGAGUUUCUUUGCAUAAUGUGCAAUGAGAAAUAUGAGUCCCCACCGGCAGAAGACUGGAUAAUGUGCUCCAUUUGUAAGCUUUGGGCACACGAACAAUGGACUACGGGCGAGACCAGCAAAGGUUACGUGUGUGAUUUGUGUCGCGGAGUGUAAUUAUAAUUUAAUUGUAACUGUUUCCUGCGCCACUUAUAUUUACCCCAUACCGGUCUCAUUUGCCCCGCGCGCUGAUCUCAAUUACCCCAUGGGGUUUCGGGCAAAAAGGAACGGCAAGGUUUUUUGUUUUCAUUAAUAUGUCUAAUAAAAAAUUGAUUAUUAAGAGAUUUUUUGUCAGUUAUAAACAGAUAGAUAAGUAAUGUUUAUGUUUUGAUAAAAGUUGAAU